AUGGAAGAUGAGCCUAUUUUUACAAUGUCCUACGCCGGGAACAUCGCUAACUCAGCCAAGUUCUUGCAAGUACUCGGUGACACCAUCAAAGACGUCGCCUGGAGGGGUUCGGGAAACAGAUUCGCAACUGCGGAAGCCAAUGUUACCACGCCUGAGAAGCUGUACAUGAUAGCGCAGUGCACGCCGGACUUGACGCCGUGGGACUGUAACACGUGCCUCCGAUCAGUGAUUCCGCGUGUUCCCCUGGGGAGGCCAGGAGGGAGGAUAUUCACCCCGUGCUGCAACGUGAGGUUCGACAUUCGUCCCUUUUAUAAUGAGGGCCCCGCGCCGGGCCCACCUCCUCCUCCCCCUCUCCCUCCCGAAGGGAUAUGGAACUUUCCUUUUGCCUCUCUCUCCCACUACUUUAACACCACAAAACAAGUUGGUUGA